AUGACAUCUGACGCUGAGGACACGAACUUGUUGGCCGCCUUAGGCAGGCGGUGGGCCAAAACCAUGGCCAAAGUCCUGGCUCAAAAAGUCAUAGUGGGGCCGAACAUCCAAAAGCUCCGACAUCAUCUUGAGCCGACUUCCAACAUUUAUGGGCAUACUCGAUACGCCACUUUUUCAACUGAUGUUGCAGAUUCGCGGAGGCAGCACAUCGACAUGAACUGCCCAAAUAGCUUCGUGCGAACCCUGCGCGCCGCCAAUAUAUCACAAAGGCUUUGCCAAUCUACACCUAGAGCAACACGGUCUGCAUUCACACGACCGCUCCAUCGCCAAUUCACCAAUACCUCCCGUCGAGCAGACAAGCAAGCCGCUGACGACCCCAACUUCACAUCAAUUCUCGACGCACCACCACAAAUAGUUCGCGCCGGUAAGCGCCAUGGGCCAGGAAUCAUUCUGCUAGCUCUCAUCCCCAUCACGGCCUUUGCCCUUGGAACAUGGCAAGUCCAGCGCCUCGGUUGGAAAACCGAACUCAUCGCCAAAUUCGAAGACCGACUCGUUCGCGACCCUCUCCCCCUCCCGCCUACAAUUGACCCUUCCGCCAUCCAUGAAUUCGAUUACCGCCGAGUCUACGCCACUGGUACAUUUCGACAUGAUCAGGAAAUGCUCAUCGGACCGCGCAUGCGCGACGGCAAAGACGGAUACAUGGUCGUCACGCCGUUGGAGCGCGAAAACGGCACCACCAUCUUGGUGAACAGAGGCUGGAUCAACAAGGCGCACAGAGACCCAAGGACCCGACCGGAUAGCUUACCAAAGGGCAAAGUCACGGUCGAGGGGCUGUUACGGGAACCUUGGAAGAAGAACAUGUUUACGCCGGAGAAUCGGCCGGAAAAGGGCCAGUUUUAUUUCCCGGAUGUGAAGCAGAUGGCAGAACUGACAGGGAGUCAACCUGUCUGGGUGGAAGUUACAAUGGAACCCGAGUUCAUGAAAAUGAUGGACUUUGAAGCACGGGGUAUUCCAUACGGACGAGCGGCAGAGGUCAACUUACGAAACAAUCAUGCACAGUACAUAUUCACAUGGUACGGAUUAUCCGUAGCCACCGCAAUCAUGUUGUUCAUGGUCCUCAAAAAGCCAGCAUCUAGCAUCACACGCCGCGUCCAAGCUACUAAAAACUUUUAA